AUGACCCACACGGCAUCUUCCUCGAGGCCCAAAGUGGUCCUCACACGUCCUCUACCCACCUGCAUCCUGGACGAAGCCAGAGCUGCAGGCGCGAUCGACCUGACGGUUUGGAAAGAUGCGGACCGACCUGCGGAUAGAGAGUGGCUGUUGCGCAGUGCGGAAGGAGCAGAUGCCGUGCUGGUCAUGAUGAGCGACAAGGUGCGUGCGCAACCGCGUGCGCGUGUGCAUGGAGUUUUGUGCGUGGGUGAUGGGGGUCGUCGAUGUCAUGGUGGAACGUGGUAGUGCUGGCGCCCUUCGAGUCACGUCGCAAUGUCUCACAUCUCAGGCGCCAUCCUGAUUCGAGCUCAGGUGGAUGCGGAGCUGCUGGAUCGCGCUGGACCUUCUUUGAAGAUCGUUUCUUGCAUGAGCGUAGGCUACGAUCACGUCGAUACAGCCGAGCUGAAACGUCGAGGUAUCCAGCUAGGUCACAGUGAGUCAUCGAUGUGGGCUUGUCAUGUAAGCUGUCAGAGAACAUCAAGUUGACCAUUUGGCGCUGUGCUACAUCGCAGCUCCUGAUGUGCUGAAUGCAGCAGUGGCAGAUCUGGUCUUGCUGCUCAUCCUCAGCACCACCAGGUUGUUGCCCAACGCCAAGCGGACGGUGGAUGAGGGACGCUGGCCGCAAACACCUUGGGCUCCACUCAGCUUCGCAGGUCCGAGCUUGCAAGGCAAGACGAUUGGCUUUGUGGGAUUUGGCGCGAGUAAGUCGAGUUGCGCAUCGAGGGUGAAGGCAAAGGGGCUUUGAUGCGAGACCAGAGCGUGCAGUUGACAAUGACCGCUUCCACCUGCGUUGCACGUUGCCCGACCCCCUAUGUUCCUCGCAGUUGCCCAAUCCACUCUUCUCCGCUUGCUGCCGCUCGGUCCUAGUCGCUACAUCUACCUCAAUUCUUCUCCCCAGCCUUUCGACCUUGACAAUGCUAAAUUUGCAGCCCUAAAGGCGGGCGGCUUGGAGAGGCUAUUGCCUGCGUACGAAGCGGUGCAGGGAAGCAGGAUCAGUGUAGAGAAUGCGAGGGACUUGGAGGAUCUGGCUAGGCAGUCGGAUGUGAUUGUGUGAGUGUGCCGGCAAGCUGAACGAGGAGCGCUCGCUGAGCCAUCAUCAACUGACACCUCAUUCCACUCUCGCAUGGUGAAUCUCGUCACAGCGUGCUAGCGAGCUUGAACGCAAAGACGAAACAUUUGAUAGAUGGGCGAUGCUUUGAUCACAUGAAGUGAGAUUGGCGUGUCCUGCCUCUUCCAAGGGCCACACUUCACUGAACUCGUCGCUUCGGAUUUUCGCAGACCUACAGCGCACCUGGUCAAUGCCGCUCGAGGGCCCUUGGUGAAUACCUCCGCACUAGUCUCCGCGCUUCAACAAGGCAAAAUGGCAGGCGCAGGACUAGACGUUUUGGAGGGUGAACCGGUUAUUGGAGCUACGCACCCAUUGUUAUCGGAUGAAAGCAUCAGGGAUAAAGUGUGCUUGUUGCCGCAUAUAGGCAGCGCUACGUUGGAAGCUAGAAGAGGCAUGAGCGAGCUGGCGGUUGCGAAUGUGCUGCAUCAGUUGGGCUUUGCACACCUCGUAAAGGGCAGAGGGAGCAGACUUGUUCAAUUGUAA